GUCCAGUGAGGAGGGAAAGGUACUCCAUGAAGCUCUAAAGAAGCGCAAAACACUCAUGGCCAUGGAAAGAAGCAAGGAGAUGCAUCAACAGAAGAAUAGAAAUGCAGUGUUCUUUUUUCUCUUUGCUUUAUUCUGGUUUUGUUUUUAUAAUUACUGUACUCUGGCUAACACCUUUAUAAUAGUGUUAACAUGUAUGUUUUGGAUGUGCAGUUAUCACACUUCUCCAUCAUUAGAGUACAUUAUACUCAGGGAGAGGAUUUUGAAAGUGUUUCCUGAGGUGAAAGUGAAACUUGGCAAGCGCAUAGCACAGCUUGGAGAGCUUGCAGACAGGGCUGACCAGGUUCACAAGGCCUGCACUAUUGCCAAUAUGGGAGCCAACACCGCUGGGAUAGCAUCUGGCAUCAUGUCCCUGGCAGGUCUUUGUCUGGCCCCUGUGACAGGAGGCCUGAGCGUGGGGCUGUCAGCAGUGGCACUGGGGCUGAACAUUGCAGCCACUGCCACCUCUGUGACCACCAGCAUUGUGGAGCAGACAAACAUGGCAUCAAUAGAAGCAAAGGCCCGUGGCAUGAAGACAAUGGGAAUCUGUCCAGAAGAAGUAGCCAUGGGGGUUUUAUAUGAUAAUAAGUUCAGAUUUUCUUCUUUAUUUAACAGUUUCUUAAGGUACAAACAGGUCCAUGGGCAUAUUCAUGCCACCAAUUUGGUCAAAGACACUGCGUAUCUGGCAGCCAAAAGCUCACCCCAAUCAGGCAAUUUGGUACAAAGAGCAUUUGGGAGCACUGCUAAGACCAUGAGCAAGAGAGUUCUGGUCAUGGGUGGCAUCACAACUGGUCUCUGUCUCCUGAAGGAUGCUCACAGUCUUGUGCAGGAAAGAAAGCACCUGAAGGAAGGGGCAAAGACAGAGCUAGCAGAGAGGUUAAGGCUGUGGGCUCAAGAGCUGGAUGGCAUAUUAGAGGAGGUCAACCAGAUAUAUGGGAAUCUCUUAUAUGUCCUAACACCUCCCAAAUAGCACAGAGAGCAGAGUCCUGUGUGGGGAAAAUGGGUCACUUUACCUUAUAACAGGGGGAUUUAGGUUAAAUAAUGGUUUGGGAACUGAUGAUUGAAGAAUUGCAUUUCUGUGGCAAAAUAAAUCAGGGAGAGUGGGUGGGAGAGAGAGAGGCUAAUGCAGAGUCUAUUGUGUCAAAAACAAGGGAGGAACAUGGUGUUUAGAAUAAGGGUAAAUAAUUAGAGAAUAAGGAAAAUGAGUAAGACCAAAAGCUGGAGAGACCAAAAGUCCCACUGGUAGGGUGCUUGCCUUACAUGCAGCUGACUAGGAGUCAGUCCUCAGCACCCCAUACGGUCCCUCAAGCACCCCCAGGAGUAAUUCCUGAGUGUAGAUGUGGGAGUAACUCUUCAGCAUUGUCAAGUGUAACUCAAAAAGAAAAAUAAAAACUA